UGCACCUGCGACCUGCGGCCCAUGGAAUGGAGGUCGGCCACGCGUGUAUAUAUACGCGCUACAGGCCUCUCCCGCGUCAAAGUUGAAGGGCUUGACCUGGGAGCUGGCCGGUUGGUUAUUGGAUUGCCAAUGGCGGCCUUCUCAUCCAGCAACGGCGUGCCGCCGGGCUUCCGGUUCCACCCCACCGAUGAGGAGCUGCUGCUAUACUACCUCAAGAAGAAGGUCGGGUUUGAGAAGUUCGACCUCGAGGUCAUCAGGGAGGUCGACCUCAACAAGAUCGAGCCGUGGGACCUGCAAGAGAGGUGCCGGAUCGGGUCGGCGCCGCAGAACGAGUGGUACUUCUUCAGCCACAAGGACCGCAAGUACCCGACGGGGUCCAGGACGAACCGCGCCACCACGGCCGGCUUCUGGAAGGCCACGGGCCGGGACAAGUGCAUCCGCACCAGCUACCGCAAGAUCGGCAUGCGAAAGACACUCGUCUUCUACCGCGGCCGCGCCCCUCACGGCCAGAAGUCCGACUGGAUCAUGCACGAGUACCGCCUCGAGGACGCCGACGACGCCCAGGGCGGCACCAGCGAGGACGGAUGGGUGGUGUGCCGCGUGUUCAAGAAGAAGUGCUUCUUCAAGAUUGGCGGGGGCGAAGGGAGCACCAGCCAGAGCGCGGACGCUGGCGGCCACCUGGCUGUGUCGCCGCCGCUCGGCGGACACCACGACCAGCAGGCCAGGGCCGCGCUGGCGUACAUGCACCCGCACCCGUACUACCACCACGCCUCCUCCUACUACUCCCAGAUGCACGCGCCGGGGCCGCACGCCGCCGCGUACUCGCACCACGUGCAGGUCCAGGACCUCCUCACCAACCACCGGCCCACGGACGACGGCGCCGGCACAAGCUAUGACUUCUCCGGACUGCCGGUCGAGCAUCACCCCGGCGGCGGCCUUGACGUCGGCACCAGCGACGGCGUCGCCACGGAUGGCGGCGAGACCACCGGUACAGCCGCAGAGCAGUGGCAGGCGAUGGAUGGUUUCAGCAACGGCGGGAGCGCGGCGGUGCAGCAAAUGACCGGCGCCCAACGAGGUGGGGAGAUGGAUUUAUGGGGUUACGGGAGGUAAAAACUUGAUGACCCACUGGUAAGACGAUGGUGCUUGUUGAUCUGUUUGGACUUUGGACUAGUUUUGGGGUAUUUACGGUGUGUAUAUGUUGUAUUGUUUGUUGUUGGUUAAUUUGUUGGUAUAAUAAGAGCCAAGAGGAUACAUAAUGGCAUGUAUUUGGUGAUUAAAUUGUUUGUGUGGUCGUGCAGAAGGUACAAUAAGCAGUUAAGCACAAGGAUUCUACUUUAUUAUUUCUUUCUUUC